GGAGAGGGGGCUGUGCCGAUAGCAGCAGGGGUUAGCCAAGAUGCCGGAUGUGCUGGUGCUGGCGCUGCCUCUCCUGCUGAGCCUGGUCCACGCGGCCCCCGCUUCAGGCCCCACCCUGGAGCGAGCGGGCAUCGUGGGGGGACGGGAGGCCCCUGCGAGCAGGUGGCCCUGGCAGGUGAGCCUGAGACGCAGCCAGGGGUACUGGAUGCACUUUUGUGGGGGCUCCCUCAUCCACCCCCAGUGGGUGCUGACUGCGGCGCACUGCGUGGAGCGGGACGUGGUGGAGCCCAGGGGCCCAGCAGCAGCGCCCCCUCUCCCCAGGGACGUGGCGGACCCCACGACGAUCCAGGUGCAGCUGCGGGAGCAGCACCUGUACUACCACGACGCCCUGCUGCCUGUGAACCGGGUCAUCGCGCACCCCCACUACUACCACGUGCAGAACGGGGCGGACAUCGCCCUGCUGGAGCUCGAGGACCCUGUGAACAUCUCCGACCACGUGCAGCCGGUCACGCUGCCCCCCGCCUCAGAGACCUUCCCCACGGGGACGCCAUGCUGGGUGACGGGCUGGGGUGACAUCCGAAGUGGAACACCCCUCCCGCCCCCGUACCCCCUGAAGCAGGUGAAGGUCCCCAUUGUGGAGAACAGCGUUUGUGACAUGCAGUACCACCUCGGCCUCAACACGGGGGACAGCGUGCAGAUCGUCCGUGCCGACAUGCUGUGUGCUGGGAACAGCAAGAAGGAUUCCUGCCAGGGCGACUCUGGAGGCCCCCUGGUCUGUAAGGUGAGGGGCACCUGGCUGCAGGCGGGCGUGGUCAGCUGGGGCGACGGCUGCGCUGAGGCCAACCGGCCAGGCAUCUACACCCGGGUCACCCACUACCUGGACUGGAUCCGCCAGUAUGUCCCGGAAGAACCCUGAGUCCAGCCCCCGGAGCUGCCAGCCCUCUGCUGUCCCCCCAGAGCGCUGCGUCCUUCCCGGGCGGCGUCCCUCCUCCCACACCUCUGCGCCCUGCUGGGGACCAGUCCGUGGGUGCUAAUCCUCAUUAAAGUGCAUGGAGAGCAGA